GGAGGUGGGGUUUUUUUUCAUUCCACCCCUUGCACCUUCUUCCUCUUUCAUUUUAGAUCCCCCUGCCCCCAUUUGCAGACGUACAUUGCUGGGGAACAGUAAUGCCUGGGGAGAGUUUAUUAAAUGUAACACUGCUUUGAAUGCUCUUCAGCGCCCGCUAGCCAGACGGAGGGUGGACUAGUCCCACGGGCAUGGCCAGCUGUUCUUGUGACCCAGCAGGGGUCUUGGGGACAAAGUUUGGGAGCCACCAAUAAAUGCAGAGCAGGGGAUGGAGUCACUAAAAGCACUGUGAGGUCUGUAUCAUGCCAGAGAAAGGCCAGGGUUAUUUCUCUCUCUCUGGGCUGUCCCUCUGCUUAGCCCUGGAUUGGGACUCAGGAGAUUUGGGACCAGUUCCUGUCCUGCAGUGGACUCCCUGUGUGAGCUUGGAUCCCGCCGGGUCUGGCAGCUGCACCAAAACGUCCAAGAUCAUGGCGCUGGCACGGCAGCCCCUGCCCAAAUUUCUCUCCAAGGCUCUGCUGGCAUCCGUCCUUCUGACUGAGAACUUCCACCAGGUGGGAGCCUUGGAGACGGUGCCGGAAAGCAACGUGAGCUGCCAAGGGUCCAACACAUGCCACCCGGGGGUGCUGCUGCCCGUCUGGCAGCCGGACAACCCCUCCUUUGGCGACAAAGCUGCUAGGGCCAUUGUCUACUUCGUGGCCAUGAUGUACAUGUUCCUGGGGGUCUCCAUCAUCGCCGACCGCUUCAUGGCCUCCAUCGAAGUCAUCACCUCCAAAGAGAAGGAAAUCACCGUCACCAAGGCCAAUGGCGAGACCAGCAUCGGCACGGUGCGAAUCUGGAACGAGACAGUCUCCAACCUGACCCUGAUGGCACUGGGCUCGUCCGCACCUGAGAUCAUGCUCUCUGUCAUCGAGGUGUGUGGACACAACUUCCAAGCUGGGGAGCUGGGCCCCGGCACCAUCGUGGGGAGUGCCGCCUUCAACAUGUUCGUGGUGAUCGCCAUCUGCGUUUACGUCAUCCCCGCCGGGGAGAGCCGCAAGAUCAAGCACCUGCGGGUCUUCUUCGUCACGGCCUCCUGGAGCAUCUUCGCCUACAUCUGGCUCUAUCUGAUCUUGGCGGUCAUCUCCCCGGGCGUGGUGCAGGUCUGGGAAGCUCUGCUGACACUCGUCUUCUUCCCGGUCUGCGUGGUCUUCGCCUGGAUCGCUGACAAGCGGCUCUUCUUCUACAAGUACGUCUACAAGAGGUACCGCGCCGACCCGCGGAGUGGCAUCAUCAUCGGCACCGAAGGGGAGUUCCCCAAGGACAUCGAGAUGGAUGGCAGCUUCCUGGCCAACGACCACCGGGAGAACAUCUUCAUGGACAAGACAGCCUCCGCGUCCCCAGCCCUGGCCUCCUCCACCCAAGAGGAGAAGGAGCUGGAUGAAAGCCGCAAGGAGGUGAUCCAGAUCCUCAAGGACCUCAAGCAGAAGCACCCGGACAAAGAGCUGGAACAGCUGGUGGAUAUGGCCAACUACUAUGCCCUGCUGCACCAGCAGAAGAGCCGAGCUUUCUACCGCAUCCAAGCCACCCGCAUGAUGACCGGGGCUGGGAACAUCCUGAAGAAACACGUCUCGGAGUUCUCCAAGAAGUCAUCCAACCUCCUGGAGGUGCCGUCGGAGACGGAGGAGGAGAACUACAGCAAGAUCUUCUUCGAGCCCUGUCUGUACCACUGCCUGGAGAACUGCGGCUCGGUCACGCUGACUGUGGCCUGCCAGCAGGGCGGGGAGGGCAACCACACCUUCUAUGUGGACUACAAGACGGAGGAUGGCUCGGCCAAGGCAGGCUCCGACUAUGAAUAUAGCGAGGGGACGCUGAUCUUCAAGCCGGGCGAGACGCAGAAGGAGCUGAAGAUUGGCAUAAUCGAUGAUGACAUCUUCGAGGAAGACGAGCACUUCUUCGUCCGCCUGCUCAACCUGCGGGUGGGGGACGCCGAGGGCAUGUUCGAGUCUGACUCGGCCGACCACCCCAAGGGACGGCUGGUGGCCCCACUGAUCGCAACCGUCACCAUCCUGGACGACGACCACGCUGGCAUCUUCACCUUCCAGGACAAGCUCCUGCGUGUCAGCGAGUGCCAAGGCACCAUGGAGGUGAAAGUGGUGCGGAGCUCUGGGGCGCGGGGGACGGUGAUCAUUCCCUACCGGACGGUGGAGGGGACGGCUCACGGAGCAGGCAUCGACUACGAGGACGCCUGCGGGGAGCUGGAAUUCAAGGACGACGAGACGGUGAAAAGCCUGCAGGUGAAGAUUGUGGACGAUGAGGAGUAUGAGAAGAAGGACAACUUCUUCAUCGAGCUGGGGCAGCCGCGCUGGCUGAAACGGGGCAUCUCGGCUCUCUUGCUAACUCAAGUCGACGGGGACAAGAAGCUCUCGGCAGAGGAAGAGGAAGCCUGGAGGAUCGCCGAGAUGGGCAAGCCGAUCCUGGGGGAGAACUGCCGGCUGGAAGUCAUCAUUGAGGAGUCGUAUGACUUUAAGAAUACCGUAGACAAGCUGAUCAAGAAAACCAACUUGGCCCUGGUCAUCGGCACCCACUCCUGGAGGGAGCAGUUCCUGGACGCCAUCACCGUGAGCGCAGGUGACGAGGAAGAGGAGGAGGACGGGCGGGAGGAGAAGCUCCCGUCCUGCUUCGACUACGUCAUGCACUUCCUGACGGUGUUCUGGAAGGUGCUAUUCGCCUGCGUGCCGCCCACCGAGUACGGGAACGGCUGGGCCUGCUUCAGCGUCUCCAUCCUGGUGAUCGGGCUCCUCACUGCCCUCAUCGGGGACCUGGCCUCCCACUUCGGCUGCACUGUGGGCCUCAAGGACUCCGUCAACGCUGUGGUCUUCGUGGCCUUGGGCACCUCCAUCCCAGACACCUUUGCCAGCAAGGUGGCCGCCCUGCAGGACCAGUGCGCCGACGCCUCCAUCGGCAACGUGACCGGCAGCAACGCGGUGAACGUGUUCCUGGGGCUGGGUGUGGCCUGGUCGGUGGCCGCCAUCUACUGGGCCGCCCAGGGCCAGGACUUCAAGGUGCAGACGGGCACGUUGGCCUUCUCCGUCACCCUCUUCACCAUCUUCGCCUUCGUCUGCAUCAGUGUGCUCCUGUACCGCCGCCGGCCCGGCAUCGGGGGCGAGCUGGGGGGCCCCCGGCCGGCCAAACUCCUCACCGCCGGCCUCUUCCUGGGGCUCUGGCUCCUCUACAUCCUCUUCUCCAGCCUCGAGGCCUAUUGCCACAUCCGGGGCUUCUGAGCUGGCGUCGAGGAGGAACGGGGGGGACGCUGCCCCCCCCCACUGUCCCCUUUGCCCAGAGACACUGCCGGGGGGGGGGGUCCUGCUCCAUCCCAGCACCCAGAUCUUUGAGUGUCCUCUUUUGUUUUUGUAGGGUCUGCGUGGAACCAGGAGUCGCCCCCCCCCAGUCUGUCAUGGGUGCAGCCAUUAUAUGGGGGGGACAAGCCCACCCCUAAUUUUUAGCACCUGAUUGAUGUCACCAGCCCCCAUGAACAUUGGAUCUGGCACAGCCCCCUCAGCGUGUAGGGGGUGCUUGGAAGCGAGCGUGACCCCUAGGGGCUGGUGAGGUUUGGGGGGAUCGGAGGGCAGUGAGGUUUAGGAGAAGGGGGAGACGGGGGAGUGCCACAACUGUCCCCCCACCCCCAUGGCAUUGUCAUUUAACUUGUUUUGUUCUGCGUCGUGCUCUUCUCGUCGGGUCUGGGGACGGGUUGGAUCGUUGGCCGGCCGGACACAGGGACUCAAGCUGCUCGGCUGGGCCUGGAGAGGUAAUUUGGGGGGCAGUAGAACGGACGGGAGUGACUCAAUCCCCACCCCACCCCCAGCUCUGGAGAGGUGCAAGAACCAGCAGCUGGAUCCCACCUGCAGCGGAAGAACAGGUCCUCCCCGCCCCCCAUGUCAGCCUGCAGCAGGGGGCUGCUCGCAGCGGGGGGCUCUGGCAGCCAGCUGGGCCGGUGGUGUGUGCCCACCGCACCCCGCCCGCCCUCUGGCCGCCUGCUUGCGGGGGGACCACCUACUCCUCAGCCUGGUCUGACGCCCCGGUGCAGACGUGUGUGUGUUGCACACGCACAUAUACCAUGUGCACACACACACACACACUGUGCACACACACAAACCAUGCACACAUACCAUGCACACACACAGUGCAUGCACAUACACAAAACAUGCAUACAUACCGCACACACACACACACACACACACUGUGUGCACACAAACAAAACACACAUACAUGCCAUGCACACACACACACACACACUGCAUGUGCACACACACAAAACACACCCUCUGCAAGCACACGUGCACACACUUAACAAACAGUUCACACAUACACUGUGUACACCCUGUGACCCCAUUCACAUUUGCACACACACACACACACACAGGUGCCCACACACUGCAUGUGUACACACACACACCAUGCACACACAUUCUGCAGGCAUACAUGCACACACAAUCACACAUAUACUGCAUACACCCCAUUCACAUUUGUGCGCACACUACAGACACACACACAUGCCCACACACUGCAUGUGUACACAUACACUGCAGGCACACAUGCAUACACUGCACAAACAUUCACACAUACAUUGCACACACCCAGUUCACAUUUGCGCACACACACACACACACAUGCACAUGUGUCUGCACACAUACAUGCACUGUGUAGGUAUAUGCUCACACACAUUCACUACACACACACACACACCCCAUUUCACACAUGCUACAGAACACACAUGCAGACUGCGUACAUGCAUGAAUAGUUACAAAGUGCAAAUACACACAGAGCAACCCCCCUCCCACACAGACACAUACACUGCUCCACCAUUCCCCUCUCCCAGCUCCUCUUCAUGCACCCAGUUCCACUGCGUGGGGCCUGGCCCACAGCACAUCCCCUCAGGCCACGGGGUGUCAUCAUUCCAUGGGGCAGGGCAUGACCCGCCCCAUCGUGGUGCUGGUGUGUGUGUGUGUGUGUGGGAGGGGGGGUGUUGUCCUUUGCAGCACCUGGCAUCUAAUCCAGCCACCUAGAUCGUCAGUCACCAUGUGGAGCUGAGGGGAGAUCAAAGUCCCAAAUUGCAUUAACCCCCAAACCCCAGGGGCCUGGCCCCACUGGGAUGCUGUGAUCUGUCCUUGCCCCCACAGACCUGGAUCAAGCCAUUGAUGGGAGCUAUUUGCAAAGGGGGACACAGGGUCCGAUCCCUGCUGUGUGAUGCCAACUGGCUUGGGGCAUGUGACAUCAUUUCGAAUAGCAGGGAUUUUUUUUCUGGCCCUGAGAUGCAGCCACCUCUGGGGUGGGACAGAGCAGCUGUUUGUACAGGGAGCCCUCGCCCGGCGCUGAGCUUUCCCAAGGGAGCUCCCCUAAAGGCAAUGGCUCAGGUAAAGCAGCUGAAGGUCCGCAUUGCUCACUGGCUGCACGUCGCAGCUUGGCAAGGAGACAAAGUAGGCCCAGAUGAGGAAGAGCCACUCCAGAAUUUCCAGAAGGAGGGGGCAGAGGAGCAGCUGGUGGGGGCUGUGUUUUCAGGGGGGGUCUGAAAAAUGUUUUUUUUUCCAUGCUGAAUUUCAAGUUUUUGGUGAAAAAACCCCUAAAUUAUAAUAUUUUGGCUGCAAACAGAACUAUUUUAAGUCUGAAAUGCCAGUGCAGCGCUGCAUGGGCAGUGUAGUUCAGCUCCCAGCCCCACUCUUAAUUGGGCUGCUUGAUUGGACUACAUCUCCCAUGAAGCACGACAGCCUUCCUGCUUGGCCGCGGUGCAUCAUGGGAAGUGAAGUCUGGCCGCGGAGCCCUGUUUGGGUGACAAGCCCUAAUUAGGGCCUGCGGUGGGCUUUGGCCAGGGUGGUGCAAUUGGGUCAUUUCCCCGUUAGGUGUGUGCGUCUUUCAAAGCGUGGCGGGGGGGAACUCCUCGCUAGAGCAUUGAGUUUUAUUCUUUCUGAGAAGUAUCCCCAAAGUCCAGGAGCAAAAAAAGCCUUAUUAAAUGGGGGGAGGGGGAGGAAAUAUGGGUCCUUUUCAACCUGGCUGGGUGUUAGCUAAUGUUCCCAGCUCUCACGAUGCGGGGUGUGGUUUAUAAAACCCCAGCUCCCGGACAGGUGGAAUUAGCUGAGAAUCUUGGCUUUAAUAUUUUUU